GGACAGCUUUAAAGGGAGUGCUUUGCAAAGCAAGCGGACAGCACUGUUCACUCCGCUGACUUCGCGUGUACGUGGUUUUCUAAUCUGGCACAAAGUAUGUCCGCAGACUUCUGUAAGAACGCACAGGAGAGGCCGGAGCCUGUCAAGGCAGAAGUCAAAGGGAAUAUUCCCAGCUGGCUGCAAGGCACGCUUUUGCGCAAUGGCCCUGGCAUAUUCUCUGUGGGGGAAACCAGCUACGAACACUGGUUUGAUGGGAUGUCCCUAAUGAACAGCUUCACCUUCAAAAAUGGUGAAAUGACCCACCGAAGCAGAUUCCUUAGAAGUGACACCUAUAAAGCUAAUAUGGAGGCAGAAAGAAUAGUUGUGUCUGAAAUGGGGACAAUGGCCUAUCCAGACCCAAGCAAGAAUUUCAUAUUCAAGGCGAUUACCCUUUUAAAUCACACAAUACCUGACUUUACUGACAACGGUGCAAGCAAUUUCAUCAGAUAUGGAAGCGACUAUUUUGCCACUUCUGAAACCAACUACAUCCGCAAGAUUGAUCCAGUGACCCUGGAAAGUCAGGAGAAGGUGGACUACACAAAGUACCUACCAGUAAACAUGGUUACAUCCCAUCCACACUAUGACAAGGAGGGCAAUACUUACAACAUUGGAACUACAAUAGCAGAGAAGGGCAAGACUAAAUACGUGCUGUUCAAAGUCCCUGCUGUUCCUCAGAAAGGCAAAUCCAAGGAUGCUCUUGCGCUGAAGAGCGUGGAGACGAUCUGCUCACUUCCCUGCCGCUCCCUCCUCACACCAAGCUACUGCCACAGCUUUGGCCUGACUGACAACUACAUCAUCUUUAUCGAGCAGCCUUUCAAGCUGGACAUCCUCAAGAUGGCCACUGCCUACAUGAGGGGAGUCAACUGGGCGAGCUGCCUCAAGUUCUGCCCUGAAGAAAAUACUCUGAUCCACCUGAUAGACAGAAAGACUGGCAAGUCAACUGAAAUAAAGUACUACACCGGAGCAAUGGUUGUCUACCAUCACGUCAAUGCUUUUGAGGACGACGGUCAUGUCAUCAUUGAUGUCAUCGCCUACAAUGAUACCAGCCUUUAUGAAAUGUUCUAUGUGCGCAAUCUAAAGGACAACACCGGGGUCAAGGACACUGGCUACUCUACACCAAGUUACAGAAGAUUUGUCCUUCCCAUCCUGUCUGACAAGGGUGUUGCAGUUGGACAGAACUUGGUGAAACUCAAAUACACAACAGCCAGUGCUGUGAAGGAGAAAGAAGGCAAACUUGUGUGUCAAGCAGAGGUUCUCUGUGAUGGUUUGGAACUACCCAGAAUCAAUUAUGAUGUCAAUGGCAAGAGGCACCGGUUUGUUUACGGGAACUGUGUGGAGGAAUCUGCAGUGGCAAAACAGGUUGCCAAGUUUGACACCGAAACCAAGAACAUGGUUUACUGGAGUGAAGAAAACUGCUUGCCGUCAGAGGCAGUGUUCAUCCCCAGACCAAAUGGAGAGUCAGAGGACGAUGGUGUGGUCCUGGUAGCAGUAGUCAACCGCAACCCAGGCCAGUCUAGUUUCAUGCUGAUUCUUGACGCCAAAACAUUCAAGGAAGUCGCUCGAGCAAAUGUGAAUGGCGAGCUCCACAAGGAUGUGCACGGAGUCUUCAUCCCACAUGAAAGUUAAUCAGUUGCUUAUAUGUAAAAUGCCUUUGGAGAACUCCUUUCAAAUACUAUAGCCAUUUUGUACAUUUAGCACAAGUAUUUAGCUGAGCUUUAAAAAAAUGCACCUUUGAAUAACAAGUUUUAAAUAAAAGCAUAAUGAGGAUUUAUGUUGUUCUAUGGACUAGCAUGUCUGUGUAAAUUUAUAGGGAUUGUUUCAAAAAAUAUUUAAAUGUUGUUAUUAAGACAGAUUUUGAUUUUGAUUUCAUGUGUAUGAAAAUGUCACCUAAGUAGCGGUAACUAUUUGUUAAUUCAUUAUCACUGUUAUUUUCACUUACGCUCAUUCUUUUAAAAAAAAAUAAACUAAACAAAUUCUGA